AUGACCUUGCCACAUGAUGGCAAGCCUGCGGGCAGCGCACUGGGAGGCCUUACGCUGCGCGAUGGGGCGUUGCGUCCGCCCUUGGGCUCUCGCCUGGCUGCCCUGGGGGAGUGCGCGGACGUCCGCUGUGGAACCCACCGUCUCGCACAUCCAGAGGUGCGGCCAGCCUUUCUCGCCUUCUCCUUGGCGCAGUGUGCCCUCCUUGGAUCCCGCGAGGUGACUGUGUUGGCGCUGGGUUCUGGUGGACUUCUCUUCGAGUGGGAGAUGCUGGAAGCAUUGCGCACGAGCCAGAUUGUCGCUGCCUCCAUCCACCUCGUCGAUCCCCUCUACGGAAAUCCAGCAACUCCAGGUUGUGCUGCGCAGCUCGAGAAGCACCGGCUGGCUCGCGGCGCCCUCGAGGCAUUUCGAACAUGGUUCUCCGAAGCCUCGGUUACUGCCUACACGAGCCUUGCAGACUUUGAUUCAAAAGCAGCGGAGGACCUGCAGCUGGACUUGGUUUUGAAGCUGGAUGCCGAGGACGUGGAUCAGAAGGGCCUGGAGCAGCUCCUGACUGGGCGCCUAAAUCCUGCAGGGCUGUUUCUUCGUUUGUCUGGCUGCGAUGGGCAUGAUGCACGCGGCUGUGAUGAUGGUGGGAGUUGCCGCAGGCUCUUCGCCCGCCUCCUCUCUGCACGUUGCGAGGGCAUGGCCUGGCACAGGGGUACCGAGGUUUGCUUCGACCCUCCUCCGCCGGAUGCUAGCAGGAGAAAACACCGAGAGAGGUUCGCUGCCUCUUCGCCGCGGGGCCGGGCCAGUGCUGCCGGGCUUCAACUGCUCCGCGUUGUGGCGGAGGGCGUGUGCCGAGGCGUGGUUGCGAUUCGCGAUGCGCCGGACGUCAGCGGGGCCCUCCUGGGCGUGAAGCACCGCGGUGACUACGCGGUCAUCGAGCGGGAGGAGCACCGACAUACUGACUCGAACGAGACUGUGAGAGUGAGGGUGUUUCAGCUGUUCUAUGAGUUGUCGAAAUUGGGCCCAUGCGAGAAAUGCUUUGUGGCAUCACUGUGCUGCGUCAGGAACCACCAUGGGUGCAACUGUCAGCAGAGGACGCAAACUUUCGAGUUGAUACUAGCAUCAGUAGCUUGA